AUGUCGACGUCCGAUGAAGUUCUCACUGCCGAACAACUUGAGCGCAUCGAACGUAAUCGACAGCGAGCGCUUCAGCUUCGCGCAAGUUCGACUAAAGUCUAUCAGUCACAAACAACUAAGACCGCCACCCCUUCGACUACUCGUAAACAACAAAUCGAUUCCCAUGCCGGUUUCUUUCUCGAUGAAGAUCCCACGUCCGUCGACAACCGUCCGGUCACCUACGAAACAGUUCCUAUCAUCCAUCAAUCAAAACCGGAUCAGCUGGAUGUGCUCGGCAUGCCGUGUGAUGAAUGUCAAAUGACAUUUUUAACUUCGUACUUACAUAAGAACUUCAAUGAACCGAUUUGCGACACAUGUCGAGAAAAAUAUUCGAUUAAUGACGAACAGGAUGAUAUCACCGACGAACAAACCAUUCGAUACAGUUUAAUUACCCGAACAUCCGCAAAGGAGAAAUAUCUGUUGACUGACUACGAUUUAGAUAAACGUGAACCGUUGUUGAAAUGUAUCGAAAAGAAAAAUCCGCACAACCGUCGAUGGGGUGUAAUGCGUCUUUAUCUUCGCUGUCAAAUUCAAAGGUUAAGCGAUCAAAUACACGAAGGCAAAACCGAAGAAAAAGUGCUUGAACGCGAAGAGAAAAAGUCGGAGAACAAACGCAAGAAAUAUGAGAAACAAGUCGAGCAACUACGACUAGAUAUCCAUCUUUUUCAUUCACGUACGUCGAACGUUGGAAUAAAACCAUCAACAAUGAUGGAAACUGGUGAUUACAAUUCAAUGGGUUCCAAUCGUACAACUAAUGAUGAUCAACAACAACAACAACAACAGCAGCAGCAGCAACAACAAGAGGGAAGAAAAAACCGAAGAGUUGACUAUCGAUUUUUAAUUCCGUCUCGCGAUGCUGGAGCAAUCAUUGGUAAAGGUGGUAAAACCAUUCAAGAUCUCCGUCUAAAGCAUCGUUGUCAAAUUCAAAUGGCUGAUUGUGAAUCACCGGAACGUGUUUUAAUCGUCAAUGGGGACCAGAAUGAUGUACUCAAUUGUGUGUCUGACAUUCUUUCAAGUAUCUACGAAAAUCAUCAACGAACUUCAAAAUCUGACCAGAGUGAAAUUCGUGCGUUGAUUCAUCAAUCCCAAGCCGGAGCAUUGAUUGGUAAAGGUGCAUCAAGAGUCAAAGAAUUCCGAGAAAAACAUAACAUCGAUGUGAAAAUCUAUCCUCAAUGUUGUCCUGGUGGUUCGACAGAACGAUGUAUUUCCAUGCGAGGAAACAAAGACGAUGUCAUUAGAUGUUUAACUGAGGUUUACGGUGUACUCGAUGGCGUACCACCACGUGGACAAUAUCGGUACUACGAUGCCUCGACUUACAAUGGUUAUAAUGUUUCGGAUUAUGGUGGAUAUUCGGAUAAUCAACAACAGUCUCGAGGAAAUAACCCGUACGGACAAUCUCAGGGCUAUCCUCAAUAUGACGGCGGAUAUAAUUCCAUGGUCCAUCAACAGAAUGGACCUGUGACAACCACUCAAGUAACCAUUCCAACGGAUUUAGCUGGUAUUGUCAUCGGAGCAAAAGGUUCGAAAAUCUCUCAAGUUCGUCAAGAAUCAGGUGCAUCAAUAAAAAUCGAUUCCGAACCCAUGCCAGGCACCAAUGACCGAUUAAUAACAAUAACAGGUAAUCCAAAUCAAAUUCAACAAGCCCAAUUCCUUCUCCAACAAGCUGUUCGACAAUCAGGAUUAUGGAAUCAAUAA